AUGUCCACACUAAAUGUUGAUGCUGCUGGUGGCUUAGGCUCAAAUACCAAAUCACCCAAAGCUGAUCAUGCCUCUAAGCCCUCAUCUUCCGGUGCUAAUACAGAAUAUGACUCCCACAUUAUGCUGCUAAACUUACCACAAGCAGAACUAUGUCUUCUAUGCUCAAUGCUUGCACAUGAAUGUUUGUCGGAUAAUGCAUAUGCUCUUGUCGCAGAGGGGACUGUUUUAGACACAGCCAAGUCGCUUAUAUUUCCUCUUCCACUCGUGGCUGCUGCUCAUCAACAAUUCCUAGCAGGCUGUAGACAUGCAGAUGCAAAUGGUCUUGAUGGUUUAAAGAUGAAACAUAGCUACCUAUCAAGGGCCACCAUACAUGGGAAUCAUAUGACACGCAAGAGAGUGUUGAUUAAUGCGUUCACUGUGCGUGAUACAUUUCCUCCUGCUAGAGGAGCAGGUAUAAUGGCUCUGUGUGCCACUAGCUCGUAUUAUGAACCCCAAGAGAUUGCAGCUCGUAUACUUCCAAAUGUUGUUGUACCCACAAUUGAUCCUGACAGUGAUGUCCGGUCAAAGGCUUUCCAAGCAGUUGAACAGUUUUUGCAGAUAGUUAAGCAGUACCAUGAAAAGACAUCUGGUGGGGAUAGCAGUGAGGGUAUGGGGUCCACAAUUUCAUCACUUCCAGGGAACGCAAGUAUACUUGGAUGGGCAAUGAACUCUUUGACAACAAAAGGCAAACCCUCUGAACAAACCACACAAGCAAUGCCUCCAAAAUCCACCUCACCUCUUGUUUCUGUUGUCCCCACUACAGUAGUAUCACGUACACAUACCCAAAGUACAACAACACUAGUCCGAUGUGGAAGUUCAGAUUAUGGUGGUGACAUGGCGGAUCAACCUGCACCGGUGUCACCUACCUCGACUGAAGAAUGGGGGGAGCCCGAGAACAGUAUCGGUAUUCAUGAAGAUGAAGAGAUUGAAAAAGACGGGUGGGACGAUAUGUUGCCACUAGAAGACGAAAAGCUGCCACCUGCUCUUGCAAACAUCGAAGCAGCUCAAAAACGGCUUGUCAUACACACAAAACCACAAGCAGCAGGAGGGAGUGGGAGUGGGAGUGUUGUUGAUGAGGAUGAUCCAUGGACAACUAUUGCAACACCAGCAUCAGCAAAAGGGUAUUCUUACAAGACUUCUCUGAUUGUAGGUGUUGCUGAUGUUGUCCAAAAAGAAAGUCUACACUUCUGUCUUGGAGUUGAAACUGUCCAGGUCUUUGUUGGCCCAGUCAGCUACUUAUUGCUCUCAAAACGCGUGACAGAUUCUAAUUCUUCUUCAAUUCCAUAUCCUGCCAAAACAUUGCGACUGUUGAAUACAAGGUAG